CGUACUGAGUGCCGGUCGAGGGAGGGAAGUUUGCCGAGCUCGGUGGGGAUGCGUUUUACUCUGGAGGGAAGAGACGGGUGGCGUAGGAGAAGGGAACCAGGGAGAAAGAGAGUGAGAGAGAGAGAGGAUACUCUCGUGUCGCGCGAUAACCAUCGCCGAGGUGCAAACCAGCCGCGAAUUCGAAAGGCAUCCAGUCGCUGUUCGCGCGUCGACGACGACGCGUCGCGAGGUCCGCUCGUGCGCGGUAAUUAACUUAAUAAGAACCGAGCUCACUCCUGCCCGGCGCAGAGUCCGCGCUUCAUCUCGUUAGACGGACUAUCGUUUCCAGAGGAAUAAGAUCGAAGAGAGGAAGAACCAGUGACGAGACACGUACGUACACAGACACACAUAGGACGCGAUGUUCGGGAACGUUGCACCCUGUCACCGACAAAAUUGGAUCGCGCCGACGUCCGAACGAGGAAGCGAAGCAUCGAGACGAAUGUCGUAGUAGAAGACUUCUCGGGUCGGUGGUUCGAAUGAACCUGAAGGAUACUUAUACUGGACGAUCGUCGUCGAGAGGCAUGAAUUCAUCCAGAGACGGGAUGCCCGAUUAUGAUCGAAUCACGUAAUGUUGCGUGGCAUAUGUCACGUGCCACGUUCAAGUCGAGAUAGUUUUUCGCGGUGCAAGCGGGAUUAAUUACGAGUACGAGUCCAGUCAGUAUUUAAUCGCACGCUAAGCUAAGGCGUAAAUUGAAAGCGUCGGAUACGACGGCGUAGAUUUAAAGCACCGACAUGUCGGGGCGACCUAACGGUCGACUCGAUGUGGAAUUGCCUGACGCCGGCUUGGUAUAAAACAGCCGGUAAUAAAGAAGAAGUGGCGUGAAGGCGAAGAGGGAGCCCUUUGAGCGGAUGGCAGAAGGAGAGAGAGGAGGGGAAGAAGGAGCGAGCGAGAGGCGCAAAAUGGGAGCAACGAGAUAUGUGUUAGGCAGCGCGAUCUUAGGACUUUUUUGGAGCAGCUUAUUCAAGGGCGUCCUGACCAACUCCACCAGCAGGUGCGACUAUCCGCCCUGCUCCUGCGACCACUACGGCAGAUUGACCUGCGACUGCAAGGAGGAGGGCGAGGAAUUAAUCUUAACCACGGAGGGGGAUAGACAGCUGAGUCCGCAUACCAGCAGGAUAGUGGUGAGCAACUGCUCAUCCGUGAUUCUCGCGAACUCGAGCCUGGUCUCGAUGACCAUGUUACGAUCGGUGGACCUGGUUAACGUGGCGAAUCUGACUCUGGUCAGGCAGAGCUUCGAACUGUCGCCCCACAGCACGCGCACGCGGAUCUCCGUGCGGAACAGUAGCAUCGACGUAAUGCCAAGUUUCGUCUUUCGCGGCGACGUCGAGGCGAUCACGUUCGAGAACGUACGGAUCGGCCAGCUGAGUGCCUUCUCGUUCGCCAAUUUGAUUCACACGGACAACCUACGACUGGAGAACUGCCGCGUCGAGACGACGGAGGCACAGGCCUUUAAGAAGUUCGAGGUCGGCUACCUGCACGUGAUAGGCGGCACAUUCGGCGAUCAGAUGCCGAGUCGCACCAUGAACGAUAUCGAGGUUUAUCACAAGUUCAUGUUGGACGGCGUGAAAAUGGGCGUCGUGAGGAGCAACGCCUUCAUCGUGAGGAGCCCGCGCACGGUGGCGAUACAGAACUGCGUGAUCGACAACCUCGAGAGCGAGGCUUUCGACGUGACCGCGCAGGGCGCCGUUAUCAUCAAGAACAAUACUUUCGGCAGCAUCAGCGUGGGCGCGUUUCUCGGUAUUCGGGCGGAUCAUGAAUCCAGGUCGCCACCGUCAUCGUCGUCCAUGACGCACGACCUCAUGUUCAAGAACAACAGCGUCAGCAGCUUCGAGGAGGGCUCGCUGAUGUUCGACCGCACGAGCUUCCGACCAGAGCUCGACAAUAUCCUCAUCUCCCAACAAUGCGACUGCCAGAUGUUACCCGUAUGGAAGAACUACGUACUCAACUACACGAAUGUUUAUUCGCGAUUUUACGCGAGGGAAAACUCGUUAGUGCCGCCCCAAUCGCAACCCCAGGAACCCAUCAGCGAGACCCCGGAAACCUUCCUGUGUCUGGACGGCGGAACGAACGGCACGCCGAUCAGCUUCGUCGACUACGAGACGCGUCACUGCUCGCUCGGUGGCUCCAUGCUCGUCUUCAUAUUAAUCAUCGUGGGUGCUAUCCUCGCUCUGAUAGUGUGCGUGUGUUUGAUCGUCUGGUGCUGUCGAAGGCGCCGGCGAAACAAUAGAAAAAAAUGGAUCAGUGUGCCGACCAAUGCACCUGACGUAGUCUCGAAGAAGAACGGCGUAAUCGGGAGAGAAGCCGCGACGUCCGGCGCACCGGUCGACAGCAGGAUAACAAUGGUGGUACCGGACGGCAGACUGUACCGAGAGACGGAGUUCCAUGUGAUCGUCGAGAAGGCCGAGCCGCUCACGACCGAAUUGUAACGAGACGCCCCGGGCGGCUCGACGAGAAGGCCCACAAUCGUCGCUCCCGUUGAAGAGGAACUCGAGUGGGCGGAAACGUCGAGCCGCUUUAGAGUGUACAAGCUGUGAGAGCUAUAACAGACGCUAAGCGAUCGGCGCCAGUGAGGAACAGUAACCGUCAAAAAAUCUAAAUCUGAUGUGCUCGGAAAAAAACAUGAGAAGAGUCUUUCCAACAAAAGAGAGGAAAAUUCUUCGAAUGUUAAUCGCGUGCGUAAUAUGGACUACAUAAACCAUAAACCAUUGCCGCUUGAGACUUAUACUAAAACGCGAAAUGUACGCAGCCCCGAAACCGUGUUUUUCAUUCUCGUUUUUCAUUUAAUCGAUCAUCUCUCUCUUAUUACAGUACAACUCAGUUCGUAAGCCUCCAUUCACACAUUACGUGCGGCCGCCGAUUAUUCGGACCGCCGCGUUCUUUUCAUUCCUCGGGCCGUCUUUUAAAUGUCGUAAAAGAUGAAACGAGAUACUCGUUGAUGCGACUUAGGAAACAGAAAAAGAGUGAGAAGAGCAUAACUCUGUAGAGAAAAUUAAAUUCGCUGUCUUGCGUAAGAUACGCGAUUGGGCCGACCUUUCGCAUUCCCGUUGCUUUAAGUUCAUCGAUCGAUGGUGAUAGCGCGGACGAAACAUUAGUGAGCGUUUCGAGCGAAAAUCACGGUACGAAAGGACCAACAAGAUGGGACAACUACUCGCUCGGACAGCUGUGCCAUUCCUGGAGUGACACAAUAUGUAAUUCGUGUUCACUCCAUAAAAAUUCUGAUCUCUCGAAUACAAAAAAAAAAAAGCGAAUGGACGGAGAUAAAACUCUUCGCUAGGCUUUCAUAUCAAAAUCGUUUCAAACUAUCGUUUUUAUAGAGAAAAAGAUUGAUAGCAAUGUGACACGUUAAAGAGCGAAAAUAAAUCAACAAGAUCAAUUUAUUAAGAUUAAAAAAUACCCCACACCUCAUCCCAGUGGCAAAUUUAUAAAUUAAUGACUAAUAUUGUUUGAUAAAUUGUGACAAGCGUUUCCAAUUCUUCUUUUCAACUUUAAAGUUUAGCCUCUUAUUGUAAAUAAUAAUUACGUCAAUUAAUUAUUCCUUUUAAAGCAUGCUCUUUAAUAUAUGUGUCCUUUAAUUAAUUUCAUUAAAUAUAAAAAAAAUCAUAUUUUUAAUCAAUUUUAAAUAAAAAGAAUACCUUGGAUGAAAAUGUUAGUUUUGAGCCUUUGAAAAAUGUAAAUUCGCCACUGCUUCAACGCUUUCGAAAAAUAUGAGAUCUGUUAAACCGUAAAACCAGUGAUUUAAUUUUUAACUCUCAUACUGCGAUAAAUUCGUUAUCAUGUUACUUUACUUUAAUGUUUAUGCAUUUAUUUAAAGCAAAGAUUCACUGUGAAACUUUGCGAUAUAAGAAAAAAUUGUUGUUACUGUUAUUAUAAUUUAUAUUUAAUCUUAAGUAAGUCGCGGUAAUCAAAAUGUUACGAUUGUUUCGCAGAAUUUGCUGUAUGUUAAUGUAACGCUGGAAAAAUUUCUCAGCAAAAUAGGUGAUCUUAUAAACCAAACAAAAAUUACUUCGAAUGUACAUCCCGCCAUAUAGCAAUAUUCUUCAACGCGUUUGAUCUAUGCGUAUAAUGAAAAUAUUUUGAAAGACUUGAUUAUGAGCGAACGUAUUCCUAGAUCAUAAUCGAUGAAAAUAAAUAAACGUUUUCCUGUCCCUUUUCCCUUUUAAUUAAAAGGAGGCAUGUAUCACGAUACCGAACUAAUAUUUUGAUAAUCAUAAAAAGGCAUUGCGCCGAUUACGGAAAAAGAAGUAAAAUAAAGCUUGUCGGAAACAGUAAUAUAUCGUACGAUUAAAAUUGAUUUAUUGAACAGAAGGCCCAAGCACUCGAAGUACUUGAAGACGGAGGUAAGCAACGCUUCGUCUCGAGCGCAUGAAGAGAAUGAGCCUCGGAAAACUUUUUGUGCCUCUUAUACUCGAUAACUCGAACUCCACCAAGGUAGGUUUUAUUAGCAUCCCGCUAAUAAUAUUGAAAGAUCAAAGUCUAAUAUGCCGCGACGUAUGCAAACCGUAUGCGCUGGUAUGUAUGCGUGUAUACGUGUGUAAUUAUAUCAUUGUGGUGAACAAAAUCAGUUUAUAAUGUCAUAUAUAGUUAUAUUAUCGUGAAACUGUGAUAUAACGACAGCCGCCGACUAUAUAAUUUGUUUCGCAUUGAACGAUUGAAGAUAUAAUAAAGCCGAUACUAAUAAUA